UGCGCACACACCUCAGCCACGGGAGCCUGACGGUGCUGCACGGGGGGCUGCUGGAGCACCUGGCCAGCCCAGAGCAUAAGAAAGCAACAAACCGAUUCUGGUGGGAGAACAAGGCUGAGUUUCAGAUGAAAGAGAAGUUUCUCAUCUCCCCUCAAGAGUAUGCACAAUUCAAGAAAUCCAUGGUAAAAGGUUUGGAUUCCUAUGAGGAAAAAGAGGACGAGGUGAUCAAAGAGAUGGCAGCUCAUAUUCGAGAGGUGGAGCACAGCCGGCAGGAGGUGGUUCGGUCCAUCUUAGAGUCUCAGGCAGUGCCAGACCCAGAAGAGGGCUCUUCGGCACCUGGAAGCUGGAAAGGGACAACCAGUCAAAUAACCUCCACCUCACAGUGGCCCUCAUACUUGGACCUGCCACCUGCCCCAGAACUUGACUGGAUGGAGACAGGACAACCUCUGACAUUCAUUGGUCAUCAGGACACACCAGGACUUGGUAACAUCCACUCAGGUGCCACACCGCCCUGGAUGGCCCAAGAUGAGGAACACAGCUCUGGGAACCAACAAAUAGGACCUUCCUAUGAAGAAUUUCUUAAAGAAAAGGAAAAACAGAAAUUGAAGAAACUCCCUCCAGACAGAGUUGGGGCCAACUUUGACCACAGCUCCAGCACCAGUGCAGGCUGGCUGCCCUCUUUUGGCAGGGUCUGGAACAAUGGACGUCGCUGGCAAUCCAGGCAUCAAUUCAAAACUGAAGCUGCAACAAGGAACAAACAGCAGUCAAAGAAAAUGGUUUCAUAAGGCUUAGAAGCCAUGUCAGCAAAUCCAGCCCCGCCUGCUACCUUUUGUGACUGCCUCGCUUAGGAAAAAGACAUACCCACUUACUGAUUUAAUAAAGGUUUAUUUUUCAAAAUGUA